AGAUAUUGGAUAUUGGAUAUUGGAAUCAGGGCAUAAAUACCUUCGCGAUCUUACAAAAAAUUCAUCUGCAUUCGAUUUCGUAGUUAAAAGUGACUACGUUAUAGCUAACGUCGAAUAGUGACUGUAUUGGAUGACCGACAAAAUGUAUGUCAAACUGUCCCGAACGUAAACUCAUUAAUAAAAUUUCAGUCUAACUGGAAGUUUAGAUUAUGAAAAUGACAAUCACUAGAUGGGUUUGAUACUUACAACAAUAUCGCUCAAUAGUUCUUAUUAAUAGGCAGAUUGAUGGUCGCACAAGGCGUGUUAUGCUGUUUUGAUACUUCACUUCGGUUCGUUAUUAUGGAAUGUCAGUCUCAUGUCCAAAUUACUCAACCAUUGUAGUGCAAAGUAGUUGCGUAUUACAGUUGCCCUGUUCAUACUAUUCCUUGGACAAGUUUUUUAAUUCUUAUCCCCACAAGCAACUAAAUUUAUAAAACUGUUAUCUGACAACAUUUGAUAGGUAUUGAUUUUAUUAUUUUUAGUAUAAAAUGUAUAUUGCUACAGAUCUGUGGUUUCGAGCACAGUGAUGAUAGAUUUAUUGCUGUCUCCACCUUGAAAUGCCGACUUCAUUCAUUUGGACGCGUUCUAAGAAUGGCAUCCCUGAGACUACUACGUUGGGUGUUAUUAUUAUUAUUAUGUAGCAUUACAGUAAGAAAUAAAGAUGUGUAUGAUUAGCAUAUGUUUGUCCACCCAGACUUCUCGGUUGGUUUUAGAGAGAUAACAGGACUAAGUAGUUUGAGAUGUUAUUAGAUAUGGUACAGAGUCCAAGCUGAUGGUAGUUCUUCAGAAUUCUAUUCAUUUCUUUCUGAAUAUGAAGAAACCUUAAUUGUGAAAAAUGUUUGUUGGUUAUAUCCUUAAUUCAAUUAUUCUUAUUUCUGGUUAUGGAUUUUAUAACUUCUUUUCUUCAUAAUGUCAUCACUUUAUUUAUAUGGGGCAUAUUUCUAGUGUCUUACUGUACGAGUGUGUGUGGUAUAAAGGAGUAAGAUAAAAUGUUAUUUAUUGAGGUUGGAUUGUCGGUUACUAAGAAUGUCACUCGCAUUGUUUUAAUCGUGGGAUUAAUUUCGCUCUAUGCUAGUUACUCUUAAUGGUGACAAAGUUUUCACUCAGUUUAAGGGGAUCAGAGAAAGCUGCGAAUAUAGGAAAACCACAAUUAUUUCGUUCAGAAUCGCUAUCUUAUUGCAAUUUUGGUCUGAAAUCUGGAUCAUUUAUACCACAGGCUGCAACUUCGAAGCUGUUCUAUGUUGUAUUGAGUGGAGCUAUUAAGUGUUCUACCAUUAGCUGUUUAGACUAUUGAAUUACCGUGUACAAACUUUCUUCAACAGUCUUCCUAUAAGGAUAUCUGUAAAUUUAUGGCACUGAUAAAUUUGACAAGACCAGUUUUCUUUUUAAUCGUAAUAUUAUCUCAGAUUUCUAAAAAGCGUGAGAACAUCAAAAUUUGAUCCUAUUGAUUUUGAAGUGCUGAUUACAUCUGAUGUAAUUGUUCUGUGGUGCGAUUAAGACUUAAUUGGAUACUUUAUUGCAUAUUGUUGACAUGUUUUCCGAUAGCAUACCCUCAAUCUUAAGAAGUAUUAGAAUGAUAAGUAGGUCAUUGUCGAAUCAAGGAAAAUUGAACAACAAAGUUAGAUAUGUAGUACGAUUUUUCUACUCUUGAAGAGGUACUUUGUGGUAGUACUUCGUUAUUGUGGUUAGUUUCAAUUCUAUACCAUUUCAUUUUUUCAGCGAUAAAGAGUGUGAUUCAAUAUCAAAAACCUACGAAACUCAUGGAUUUCGGAAACGAACAACAGAUUUCACCCAGGGUCUAUCAACUAGCCCAGAUAAUUUACCGGGAGUUUGAAGUUAUGAAAAAGGUCUUUGGUGAAUCUGCGUACGGGAGAUUGGUACCUAUUGUUAUUGGUAUUCUAGAAGAAAUGGACCUCUUGACUUCGGAUAGGCAAAAAUUGGAUCUUGAUUUAAAUCUUUUGACUGCCGAAAAGAAUGAUAUUUCUACGCAAUUGUGUCGUCAAAAGGAACUUUACUCAGCUGCAAAAAGACAUAUUCACUGUCUAGAAGAUGAGCUGCUUGGUAUAAAAAAAGAAACAGACAAGAAGUUUGAAGAACUAGAUGAGAAACUGAGACACUAUCGACUUCUUGUCAAGAAUGCUGAUGACCAUAUUUUUAGAUUGGAAGAAAGGGAACAAGACCUUAGGUCAGAAUUAUCUGCACAAAAUGAAAGAUAUACUAAAUUACUUAAAAUUUAUGUGGAUUACAUAGAAACAAACAAUUUAUCUAUGUCAAAUAACGUUGAAUCAGGAAAUGUAUGCGUUAGUCGUGGAACGGAUGGUGAAUCAAAUGAGAUGGUAUUGAAAUCGAUUGUUAAUCCAAACUCCAUAAAUGAAGAUCGUAAUCAAAGUUCGCUAGAAUCGGGCAACAUUUUGAACAAAACUUCUGGAAACCAUGAUAUUCCAACUUAUGGAAUUGACGUAACACAAUCUGGACUUGAUGUGAACUCUUCGCACUCGCUUGAUAGUUCUCUAAAGUCAAAUAAUCGUACCGCUUCCUUUAUUGACAUUUAUGAUGAUAUUGUAGAUUAUGAAACAGCUUUGGAAUCAACUCCUGCCACGGGGACUGAAGAUGUUGAAGAAAAUGAAUCUCUUGAUGUUAAUGAACCUUCUGUAGGUAUGAUAAAAGAAGUUGAAAAAUUAAUCAAAGAAAACACUGAUCUAUAUGAAACAAAGAAUGCUUUAAAUAUUUUAAAAGAUGAUUUAAUUAAAAAACUAGAUGAAGUAACUGGUGAGAAAUCUAUGUUAAUUCAAGAAAUACACGCUAUACGUACUAAUAGAGAUGAAAUUAAAUCUGAAGCCAGUCGUUUAUCACGUCUAGUUUACGAAUGUCGUGAUCAAAUAUCCAGUUUAACUGCACGUCUUAAAAUUUAUGAAGAUGUCAAUGAAACUGAUCACCGUUCAUCUCGAUUAUCAAUAAAUCAGUCGAAAUCCUGUUGGACAUUAAAUACAAAUGAUACAGGUUAUACAUCAUCGAAACUGCGUAAUAAAUCUGUAGAUGAUUUGAAUAGUGUUUUACCAUUGGGUGAUAUAACUAAAAUUGAAGAUGAAAACGAUUUACACGCUACCCAUAAGAAAACAAAGAGUCAGGUACCGAAGCUCGGUGAAGCUUGUUUUACUAAACGAGAAAUGGCUCGUGUGAUUGCAGAACGUAAUACUUAUAAAGAGAAAUUCUUGGAACUACAAGAUGCACUGCGUUUAAUGGAGAGAUUGCGUGCUGAUCAUAAUUCUCAUUUACAAGUUCCGACAGGUGCCAGUUUUGAACGUUGGGUACCAAGAUCAUUAUUUUCAACUGUCCAAUCUGGUUUAACAGGAUUAUUCUCAAAUUUUGAUCAGGUUAUUCCUUUAGCCUCUGCUUUACCGUCAGAAGCUCAAUGUCUUGGUCCAUACCAAUUGAAUGAUUCUAGCUACUCCCGGUCACAAGGUUCUCACAAUUUAUCAACUGAAUUUAUCCAUUCUUCAUGUGAUAGACGAAGGAAAUCUACUGGAUUGAGAAGCAUGUUUAGCAAAUUGUUCGGUUAUGCUGAUUCAAACACCAUCACCGUUGGUCAUGAUUUGGCUGCCAGUUUAGAUAAUCAAUCCUUAUUUAGCGAAUCUAUAUCCAAAUCACAGGAAUGUAACUCUAAUUAAACUCUCCAUGAUUUAUACUUUGACAGAAUAUAAGUAGUAUAUUGGAAUAAUUCUUGAGCUGUUGAGGUUGAUUAUCGGCGAAAUCUCUUUGACCAAAUUAGAAUCAUAAUUCUUUUUAGAAACUAUAAAAACACCAUAACAUGUGAUAAUAUUAUUGACGUGGUUACCAAACUGUAAUAUGUAUUUUCUAUUUUACCAAUUAACUUACCUUGUUCUCUGUUAUAUACAUCACCGUAUCAUUAUCAUCCAUUAUUUUAUCCUACACUUCACUUACAUUUGCAAAUUCGAAUAAAAAUCAAUGUAAAUUUUUUCCUAACAUUUGACAGCUAGUUUUUUGACUGUUAAAACUGAUUAUAUCGUUAUCGUCGCUAGCACAUAUUAUGGUACUUACUCUGUAUGCUUGUCGAUGAAGAUGUUAUUUGUCACGCCUUGAUUUUUGUUCUCUUCACUUCUUUGUCUUUCAUAACUUGUCAUAAUUUGGUCGCUGUAUUUUUCUAAUUGAAAAAUAUGAUGUUACUUGUUAACCGACUUGUGUAUAGCUAUAAAAAUCAGCUUGAUUGAUUAUAUCAGUUGUACUUUUAAAGUAACAACACAUAUAGCAGAAGAACUAGCAUUAACUGCAUUCUUUAUUUUUCUAUAUUAUUUAAAAGUUCUGUUCUACCUUCCUGUGAAAUAUCUGCAUUAUUGAUUUAUUGUCUUUUUUUGAGAAGACGGAAUUCGCCUUAUUUCGUAAUUUCUAUGAAAAAUGAAAGAAAAACAAAAUUUAAUUUAACAAUUUUAUCCAGUUAGAUUAUUAUUAUUAUUAUUAUUAU